ACCGUGGGAAGGCUUUUGUAAAUUAUCUAUAUUUUAAUACAUGGAUGAACAAACAUAAGCCCUGUGCCAAUUUUAUGGAUAUUGUGUAUUACAGUUAUUGGGAUGUAAGAUUAGUAAUUCUUUUGAAUAUAUUGUGUGAAACAAAGAAGUCAAUACAAGAAUUUUAGAUGUCGUUAAAGUUACGCUCUUUGCUAUAUAGUAAUCUUUGGCCAUGAUUUAGUGAAAAUUAACAGACCAAUAUAAUAAUUUGUGUGACCCCGGUAAAUGCAUUUGAAAAUAUCUGCAACAAGAGAUGAAACUCUCAUAAAAACUUGUAUGAAUGUAUCAAUAAUUAGAGUUUACAUAGCCUUUAAUGGUGACUACGAAAUAAUUAAUCAUGGAAUUCCAAUCAAGGCGAUUUUGGUUUACCCUGCAAUCCAAGGACUUCCGUCUUCACUGACCUAGUGGCCUUGUUAUGCAACAAUAUCACAUUACCUUGUUAAUUAUUCCCCAACUGUAUACCAUAUUAUUGAGUAUUUUAACGUAACAAGUGUUUUUUGAAAAAUAGGAAAAAAUAAAAAAAUGGAAAGGUUAACUUCCUUCUGAGAUAACAUUUAACUAUCUAAUUAUAAGCAAUAUUAUAUGCUACCAUUCCUGACUAUAACCCAUAAUUAAUACUUCCCUUGAGAAGUAACAUGUGAUUACUAGACAAACAGCAGUUAGAAAGGAACUAGUUUUGUCUUUCCAUCUUGUUCAGCAAGAAACUACUGCACUCGCAAAGUUGCACGAAGUUCAGAACUGUUUUCUCGAUGAGAACUCCUUAAAAGAAGUAAAAACAAUUACAAGUCAGAGUCAGACUUACUUCUAUCCAGCAAAAGCCAUCAAAUUUUGAAAUUUUUUAUCAGAUGCUAUAUACAACCUUCUUAAAUAAAACUAUUAAAAAUGAUAUAAAUUUCUAAAAUAGCCUAGAAAAUUAUUAAGAACAAUCUAGGAAAAUUUAUUUCAAUCUUCUAAUUUGUAGGUAGUUCUAGAAAAAGUUUUAGAAUAUUGUAAAUAUUUAAAUAUUUAACCAUCCAAAUACAAUGGUGGAGGAUGCCUAUAAAUAGGCAUGCUAUCAUAUUGUAAAUGUUACAAAGAAAUAAUUAAGUUAUCAAUGCUCUAUCUCUUAAGUGUCUUACUCAACUUUCUUCAACUAUUAUUUUUAACUAUUCUAACUAACAUAUUUCAACUAUCUUACUCAUUUCACAUACACUAAAAACUAUCAGAAUUUUUUUCUUUUGUUGUAGAAUGUUGGACAGAAAUUUUAAUAGGAGGGGUUGGCUAACAUGUAGUUUGGCAACUUACCUGAACUAGUAUUCCCAAUCCUUUCAACGACUCGUUUUUCAAUUUGACACAUGAAAAUUAUGACAAUGAUAAUUGAUAAGAUCAUGCAAUCAAAAUCUAUCUCCUCUUGCCUCAGGAAUCUGAAUAUCAUGGUUUAAUAAGCAUUCAAUUUGUGACGUGCAAGCAAGUGAAAACUACAUAACUAUCAGUGAAGAAAAUGUGAGAUGUUUUAAGCAUGUAUGAAACGAGAAAUAUCAACCCUGCCAUUAUAAUGGCCACACAAUUAAUAGUUUCUCCAACCUGUACAUACCACUUUCAUUUUCAAGUGGUCAUCAUGUUAGCACAGCAUACUGCAUGUGGGUAUAAAUUGAUUUCUCUCUCAAGUCUUAAGCAAUCAACAUCCUUGGUAAAGGCCUCUAAGACAAUACCAUGAGAUCACUUAUGAACCCUUGUCUGAAUGAUAGACACUAGAACCAAUCAAAUGGGCAUCCACUGCUAAGUUCUAAAGCAAAUACUCUCCACAAAGCUGCAUUUAUCUAUAUAUACUCACCACUUCAUUCACAAGGAACACAAAUCAAUUGCAUCUUAAAGAAUAAAAAAUUAAGCAGUACUUAUUUCUUUUAAGAUCUCUGUCAUCGUUCUUUACUUCCCAGUGUCAUUUAACACAAUGGGUUUCCACUUAAAGGGGUUGAAGGGUAUUAGACGAUCAUCACUACCUACAACCCAAACAGCAUCUAAAGGGGUUGAAGUCCCAAAAGGAUAUCUUGCUGUCUAUGUUGGAGAUAACAUGAGGCGGUUUGUGAUUCCUAUAUCAUACUUGAACCAACCUUCAUUUCAAGAUUUAUUGAGUCAAUCAGAAGAAGAAUUUGGAUAUUCUCAUCCCAGAGGUGGCCUCACAAUUCCAUACGAGAACUUCACCUUGUUCUUCAAAACAUUUGAAAUGGGUUUCCAUUUACCUUCCAUUAGAAGGGCUUCAUUUACUGGUAGCCAAGCAUCUUCAAAAGUUGUGAAUGUGCCAAAGGGCUAUCUUGCCGUGUAUGUAGGAGAGAAAAUGAAGCGUUUUGUGAUCCCCAUCUCAUACCUAAACCAACCUGCAUUUCAAGAAUUACUAAGUCAAGUAGAGGGAGAAUUUGGACAUGACCAUCCAAGGGGUGGUCUCACCAUUCCAUGCAUGGAAGAUGUCUUCUUGCAAGUUACAUCUCAAUUGAAUGAGCUAUAA